AUGCCUCCCCGGAUACCGCCGUCAGCUGCUUCCAUUACCAUACCCGCCCCCUCCGUGCAUACCCAUUGCAAAUCAUGUCUUCAGCGCGCGUUCUCUUCUACUCCUUCUUCGAAGACCCAACUCAGACGGCACAUGUUUGCCUGGCUGCAAGGGCCCGGUCGGAAUUUCAAGCAACCCUUGAAUGAGUCGACCAACUAUCUCUCCGCCUAUGAUAGGCGAGGGAAUCUACUACGCCAGCGGAACCAAAAACAGGCACCGUCCGUCGAGACGACUUCUGAAGGAGCCGAGACGUUAGAUGCCGAGGCUUUGGAGGCCGCUGCAGAAGAAGAACCAUCCAUUCCCAAGGAAAGCGUGGAUGAUUUGCGACCUUUUCCUCUGAAUAAAAACUUUGUUUCACAGAGUAUAUUGUCAGACGAGCUCCGGGAGGAGAUAUGGAAACGCGUACAAGUCAAUGGGAAGUCAGUGCGGCAGGUCUCGGUCGAGAUGGGCGUGGACAUGCGCAGAGUUGCCGCUGUCGUUCGUCUCGUCGAGGUUGAACGACGAAUGGUCGCAGAGGGUCAAUCACUUGCGAUUCCAUACGCCAAAGCCAUCCAGGGCAUGGUACCAGUGAACAAGUUGAACCCCCGGACCGGGAAGCCAAUGGAGGAGCACGAAUCGAUCAACGAUCUCGAACAACAUCCCAUGACCUAUCCACAGAUCUUCUGGCCGACGUCAGAGUCGCGUGCCUUUAACCGCACGGAUGCCGGGCGCGUCUUCAGCGGCGCUCCUCGCCUUCCCGACGAGUACGAGCAAGGCAUCGGCCCAGACGGUCAACCUAUUCCAGAACCAUGGCAAGAUACCAAACCCGAAAUCAUCGGCAAACCUGGCCACGAGCAUCCCGUCUUGAAGCCGGCUGACGCCCGUAUCCCGCACCCACACUUGAUCGCCUAUGAGAAGGACAAGCUCGACCCGACAAUGUCGCGAACCGAGCUCCGCGUGCGCUACGCCGAGCGGCUCAAGCAGGAAGAUGCCAAGCGCAAGGAAAUCAAGGACCGUCAGGCCCGCGCGGAGGAAAAGAGGAAGACCCGCAUCGACACCGACCGGUGGCAGUUUAUCGUCACAGAGGUCUCGGCCACCAGAACCGGCACCGGCCUGGAUGGCCGCGGCACAAAGGCUCCUGGCCUCAGAUAUGGUGUGCCUAGCCAGGAGAGAAAGAAGGGUCAAGUCAAGAUCCCCACCAGCGUGCAGGUCUAA